AUUCAAACGACAGUGUUAGCAACAGCUGUUGUUGUUUACAUGUAUUUAUAUGGUUUGUUUUCGAUUCAUUGCAUUGAAAAUUCAUUGUAAACCUUAUGCCGCUUAAAGUACAUAUAUGAGAAUAUCGGUGCUUGUGACUUAUUUUGAAUCAAUGGAUGAGCCAAAACCAAAAUCCAAUAUUGGAGAUCUUUUUGAUUCUGCUCGAUUAGAAGGUCGAUAUUUAAAAAUAUGCGCUCCAAUGGUACGAUAUAGCAAAUUGGAAUUUCGAAAUCUGGUGCGGUCCUUUGACACGGAUCUAACUUUUACUAGUAUGAUCAUGGCUGAUUCGUUUUGCCGAAGUGAAAAGGCUCGACAGAAUGAGUUCACUACAAACAAAGUUGAUACACCGUUAAUAGUUCAGUUCGCUGCAAAAAAUACAGUGGAUUUCCUCUCUGCUACUGAAAUGUGUUAUUCGUAUGUUGACGGUGUUGAUUUAAAUUGUGGCUGCCCCCAGCGCUGGGCUAUGACUGAUGGUUAUGGAAGCGCGCUGCUCAAAUCUCCCGAACUUGUUGCUGAUAUGUUGGCUACAGUGCGAAGAAAUUUUCCUAGUACGUUCAGCGUUUCCGUAAAAGUACGCCUACUUUCAAAAUCUCUAAAGGCAACAAUUGACAUGUGUCGGAAGCUGGAAUCCAGUGGAAUAACCUUCAUUACUGUGCACGGAAGGACGCCAGCAGAUAAAACUAAUGUUCCAGUUAACAAGGAUGCCCUGAAACAAAUUAAAGAUAGUUUAUCCAUUCCUGUUGUGGCAAAUGGUGAUAUUUUCAGCUUACGCCAUGCAGAUGCAAUGCACGAAAUUACUAACUGUGAUGGUGUUAUGGCUGCACGAGGGAUUCUUUCAAAUCCUGCCAUGUUUGCUGGCUACGAAAAAACACCGCUUGAGUGUAUUCAAAAGUGGCUUAACAUUACUACUGAGGCUGAUACCGACAUUACUUUUCAAGCGAUGCAUCAUCAUCUUACGUUUAUGGCGGAAUCAUUGCUAACACGGCAACAGCGGGUAGAGUUUAAUAAUCUUAGCAAAGACAAACAACGUGUGCUGGAUUUUUUUUGGAGAGAAUUCGAACUGCAGCCGCAGCCAUAUGAUCAUCCGCAUAAAAUUGAGUGUACAUUUGAUGAUACAGCUUAUCGGCAAAGGGUUUGUGUGUUGGAUACCCUAGAUGAACCUAUAAAUAUCACGUGUUAUCAAAGCGAAAAUACAGAUGGCGCCUAUUUUAUGACUAAAGUAGGGGAAUCUGCCGAUAUUCAGGUAAAAGAAGAUGUGGAUUUUAUGGACGGCAGUAUGUUUGAUGAAAACGAAAUAUAAAAAUAUACAAAGAUAGUUUCUCUGAAAUUUAUUAAGUUUAAUGUGAAACGGCACUGAAUCUCGUUGAACUUUUUCUGUUUUUUUAAACCUUAUGCAAUACUCGCAAGAACAGUUAUUCGUUUCACUUUGUUUUCGUGGAAUGCAUUUUUUUACGAUAUUUUCCAAAUAACUCGACUCAUGCUAUUUUUUUCGGAAACAAUAGUUAUUGAAAAUGAGUGUUGGUAUGUGCCCGAAACCCCCUUGGGUUAUAAGUGAAGUUUCUAUGGUUUAUUUAAUGGGAUAAAUCCGAGAACUUCCUCGGUUCUAUAAGA